AUGCCACAAAAAGAUUACAGAAGUCAAACGAGCUGGGAGAGCGGUGUGGCCUCAAUGAUGCAAAACAGUCACAGUGGGGUAAACCAGCUUGGAGGUGUGUUUGUGAAUGGGAGACCAUUGCCUGAUUCCACCAGGCAGAAGAUAGUAGAACUGGCUCACAGUGGAGCUCGACCAUGUGAUAUAUCCAGAAUUCUACAGGUGUCCAAUGGCUGUGUGAGUAAGAUUUUAGGCAGGUAUUACGAGACAGGUUCGAUUCGUCCUCGGGCAAUCGGAGGAAGUAAACCUCGGGUUGCCACUCCAGAAGUUGUAAGCAAAAUCGCUCUGUACAAGAGAGAGUGUCCAUCGAUCUUCGCCUGGGAGAUCAGAGACAGGCUGUUGGCGGAGGGAGCCUGCACUAAUGACAAUAUUCCCAGUGUUUCCUCUAUAAACCGAGUGCUAAGGAACUUGGCCAGUGACAAGACGCAAAUAGGAACAGAAGGAAGUGAGGGGAUGUUUGAAAAGCUCAAAAUGCUUAAUGGUCAAGGAACCUGGGCGGGGCGAACUGGGUGGUACCCUGGCUCCACACUCAUUGCCACUGAAUGUGCGCAGACAGGAAGGGUGGAAAACACGAUAUCGGACAGCUCCAACAACGACGACCCAGAGGAGACUCAAAUGAGGCUUCAACUGAAGAGGAAACUGCAGAGAAACAGAACAUCGUUCACACAGGACCAAAUAGAAGCACUUGAGAAAGAAUUUGAGAGGACACAUUAUCCUGAUGUGUUUGCACGAGAGCGUCUUGCCAACAAAAUAGACCUACCAGAGGCACGAAUACAGGUUUGGUUUUCCAACAGAAGAGCAAAGUGGAGAAGAGAAGAGAAGUUGAGGAAUCAACGGCGUCAAGUGUCCAACUCUUCCAACCAUAUUCCCAUCAGCAGUAGUUUUAAUGCCAGUGUUUACCAACCUCUACCACAAACUACAACACCAGUGUCCUUCUCAUCAGGAUCUAUGUUAGGGAGGUCUGACUCGGUUCUGUCAAGCAGCUACAGCCUACCAGCCAUGCCAAACUUUAGCAUGACGGCCAGCCUACCCAUGCAAACAUCUAGUCAGACAUCGUAUUCAUGCAUGCUGCCCACCAGCUCAGGUGUAAAUGGAAGAAGUUAUGAGACCUACACUCCUCCACAUAUGCAAGCACACAUGAACAACCAGUCACUGACCUCCUCGACAUCGUCAACAGGUCUGAUUUCUCCAGGAGUUUCAGUUCCAGUCCAAGUCCCAGGAAGUGAAACAGACAUGUCGCAAUACUGGCCUGGUCUGCAGUAA